GAAAUUUUGCACCAGCUGAUACCAUAAGUUUCAAGGGGCAAUGUCCUCUCUCAUGGAAUUCGCUGGUCGGGGUAUCAGUGACGUCACCCAAUGCGGUAGUUAACGGUAGCUCCGUCCGGGGUCGAAUUUUGAGUAUUCCAGUGCGUUGAGAGUGUCUCGUAUGGGGGUAGUUUGACUCAGCUCCUAUCUCGAUACCUUACAGCACUACCUCAGAGAAGCUUAUACGCGACGGAAUGCUCCCUUCCACGAAUGGGUUUGCCCUCGUGGCUCCUGCCUCUAAAGGCCUGGGAUUCGCUUUCGCCCAACAGCUGCUGUCUCACACGAGAUUACCCGUUAUCGCGACUGCGCGGAGGAAUUGUGAGGGAGUUCGAGAUAGACUUCUCGAAGCUGUUAAGGAUGAUUCGGGCAGCAUGAAAGAGCGGCUAAGGGUACUUCGUGUGGACGUGACUGACGAAGCGAUGAUUCAUGCUAUGACCUCGUAUAUUCGACGGGAAUACCCAGAGGCUGCUCUCCGUAUAGCCAUCACCGUUCCUGGUAUCUUACAUGUCGAGAAAUCACCACAGCAAAUCGAUGCUGCCAGCGCCCUUGAUAGCUUCAGGGUCAAUGCUCUCGGUCCCAUGCUCUUAAUGAAGCACCUGGCACCUUUUUUGCCUACCAAAUCGUCGAAGCCUUUCCCGGUAAACUCGCAAUCUCAGGGAGGGGAGAGUCAUGUUUGGAAUCUCCCAUCACAUGCCAUAUACGCAAUGAUGGCAGCACGUGUUGGUUCAAUCUCCGACAACGCAACUGGAGGCUGGUACUCGUAUCGCGCCAGCAAGGCAUCCGUCUUCCAGUUGGCGAAGACUUUUGACUUGUACCUACGCACUCGGAGUAAUGAACGGGCUCUAGCGGUAGCGAUGCAUCCAGGUACCGUCCAGACAGACUUCACGAAAGAUUACUGGGACGGGCGAAAGAUGUUGCACCCAUUCGAUUCUGCUAAUAGGCUGCUCCAGUUCCUGUUUGCGAUGAGUCCCGCCAAUAGUGAUGGACGGGGUCGAUGUUGGGAUUGGAAAGGCGAGGAGGUCCUUCCAUGAACGAUGACGAGAGCCAUUUACCGCCGUCUAUCCAUGCAUGAAUGCGGUUAUCAUCCGAUCGUAGAUCGCAUAUUCUGUUUGGCUAUAUUCAGCAUCCCAGAAGGAUAGUUAAAUGAUGGUCAAGGUACUUGUUCGCUGUUCGUUCGUGCAAUGGAUUUACAAGACUUGAUUGCACCAGGGUCGGAAAGGAAGAUAAAUGAGGUAGACAGACUAUUGAUUCUUAGCUCGAGAAACUGAAAGGCAGUGGGUGACCCACAAGGACAUGGAGACAGCGAACACUAUUGGGAACAAAUCAUUCUGCUGCCUCAGAAUUCAAACCCC